AUGUCUUCAGUCGCCGAUUCGUCACUUAUCACGCCAUCCUCGUAUGUGGGGUUUGACACGAUUACAGCUCAGAUUGAGCACCGCCUCUUGAAGCGGGGCUUCCAGUUCAAUAUCAUGGUUGUUGGACACUCUGGGCUUGGCAAGAGCACAUUGAUCAACAGUUUAUUCGCCUCGCACUUGAUCGACUCGUCCACGGGCAAGGACAUAACGAAGGAGCCUAUCACCAAGACGACGGAGAUCAAGGUGUCGUACCACUCUUUGGUGGAGGACAAGGUACGCUUGAAUGUCAACUGUAUCGACACGCCCGGGUUUGGCGACCAGAUUAACAACGACAAAGUCUGGGAGCCGAUUGUGAAGUAUAUCAAGGAGCAGCACUCGCAGUAUCUCCGCAAGGAGUUGACGGCACAGAGAGAGAAGCACAUCGUGGACACACGUGUGCACGCUGUGCUAUACUUCAUCCAGCCGAACGGCAAGGGGUUGACACAGCUAGAUAUUGCCGCCUUGAAGAGGUUGACUGAUAUCACAAAUGUCAUCCCGGUGAUUGCCAAGGCAGACACUCUAACUAUGGACGAGCGCGCCAAGUUUAGAGAGAUUAUUCAACAUGAGUUCAAAAAGCAUAACUUCCGCAUCUAUCCGUAUGACUCGGACGAUCUAACGCCGGAGGAGCUGGAGUUGAACGACAGCAUAAGGUCAAUUAUCCCAUUUGCCGUCGUGGGCUCUGAGAAGGAGAUCACGGUCAAUGGCGAAGUCGUCAGAGGCAGAAAGACCCGCUGGGGGGCCAUUAACUUGGAGGAUAUUAACCAAUGUGAGUUUGUAUAUUUGAGAGAGUUUUUGAUCAGAACUCACUUGCAGGACUUGAUUGAGACAACCGCUUUGAUCCACUACGAAAGCUUCAGAUCUAAGCAGUUGAUUGCUUUGAAAGAAAACGCCAGCUCUCGCGCUACAGGCCACGGUGCCCAAUCCUCCAGCACUAACAUGCUUCGUUGA